AUGCCAUUUCAGAAACCUCAACAAAAAGGCUGGGUUCCAAUGAGCUUCUUGGUCAUCGGAGACACUCGCUUGUAUGGCGAUGUCAAGAUCGAGAUCCGCCUGCCAAAUCUGCGGUCCCAUCAACUCACAGCUGCCAUGAAUCAGCAGGGCAGACUUCGACGAGUCAUAACUGCUUUCUUCAAUGAACUGAAAGAAAAUGUCCAUGAACUCCACUUUCUGCCCCGUUGGUUUCGUGACAGACUCUGCAACCAGGAACAGUUCAACGCCAUGGUCACCUCCAUCAUGGCAGGUAUGCGGCCUCGAGUCCUCGAUAUUCUCAACAGUGGAGGCAAUUUCAGCAUCCAGCAACUCAUGUCAGCCCUAGAGCCUGUCCAGUCAAAUGAUGACAGAGGUGCUGUCUACACACGGAUCUACUACGACUUCCAGGAUCGCAAGCGCCUUCCAUCACAAUAUACGGGCACGACAAACAACCUCGCUGCACGCGAUAGUGGCCAUGAAGGCGUAAAGCAUAUCGAGACAAACAGCAAUCAUUACAGAACCAGCCGUGCUGCAAAUCACUACAUCAUGGGUCCGAUUUGCUUGCUCAAUGAGGAGCAACUUCGAACUAUUGCGGAGCAACUGUUCACAUGCUUGUUCGAGACGUACACAGAUGCAGUCAUGAACUAUCAGGAUCGAUCUGGCAAGAGCCAAUCUGAAAAGAUCAGCGACGUUGAUUCAUACUACAAUGACAGGGAGGCAUCUUUGUUGUUGAUGCAACUGGCCAGAUCCGCUUUCAAGAAGGCCGAUUGGCCGGGUUGCAGGUCGAGACAGUCGUACGGUGCCGGUGAUGGGUGCAACUGGAACAGUCCCAUCACUGAAUGGCUCAAAGGCGAGAGAGUGAUCUGGACACAGCUUGCAUUCCCCGACAACAACCUUCUGCAGCUCCAGAGAACUCCGGUACAAAUUCGUUCUGGAUCUCGCGACAGCAACGAUCGGAUCUACAUCACCAUAGAGCAACAAGGAUCAGCGACACUAGCAUCACGGGGAUCCUUCGAGCCUACCGUCCCAACUGAACUCAAGCUGCCCUUGGGUACCUGGGUAUGGCCAGUGAUUGAGAUGACCAAAAAUGGUUGUCCACACCCCAGAUCUUGGGCUAGAUUGCCCACCAAGGGCCCCUGGUACGACUGGGACGCGGCGAAUUCUUGGGCACUGAGAAUCGAAUUUCAGCGGGAAAAUGGUAACUGGGAAAGCACGGAACUCGUAUCCGCUUAUCCUUUCAGACCCAGGACUGCCCAAUUGAGCUGGCCAGGAGCAUUCAAUGCCUAUGCGCAGGGCAUUGCAAGGCGCCGCUUCUUCAACCAAGCGGUACUCACUCACCAGGGCCGACCUGUGUGGAUGUGCGACUACGGGAUCGCAAGAAUAAAAGAACAGAAGAUGGAUUGGCUGAAACAGACGGGCACGAUCGUGGACGUCCAGCCUCCCGGUAACAUUGUCAGAGCAUCUCGAAUGAAGUCGCAAUGGGACAUGCAGAGCGAGCUUGCGGCGGUUGGUGUCAAUGCUUUUGGAGCACCCUUCCAGAGUGACCGAGAGUCAACCCGAGUCCGUAAACCCGAAAGAGCAUGCGAUUCAUGCUACCUCCACAACCUGGACAAUCGAACUAGAGACCCGAGGACUGGGAAUAUCACCGAAGUCUUCGCUCCAAAGCUGCGAACGCAGUGUCAGAGGAUCAGUUACAACGAUCCGAACAAGCGAGAUACCUGUGAGCGUUGCCUCAACCUUGCUCGCCCAUGCACCUACACGCGGGCCGUCGAAGACUGUCCACUCACUGCACCAAUGGCGAGAGCUUUCCUUCCGCGCCCAAGAGACAGGGAUGAGCUCCUGUCUAUUCCUGAUCCAGAGGCGGCUCUCCACCAAUCGCACAUUGGGUGA